CAAAUGUUCACCACGCGCGCUCGCGUACAGUCAGUCAUCGUCUUAGCGCUUCGCCCGUUAACGAUUUGUAUGAUCAAACGCGUUUCAAAUGGUGUGAUUUUGAGGGAAAGGAAUUGGAAAAAGAAAACAAAUUUACUAUGCUUAUUUACAAGCAGGCCAUACAAAUGAGUAAAAGUGGGUUUUAAAACGCGGGGAACGCAAAAUUGGAGAAAAUUGAUGUAAAAUUAAUAUAAAAUUAUUUUGUGAACUUUUACGUUAAGAAGUCAACUAACUGGCGAUCGAAAAGAAUGAAUGCAGUUUUUAAUAGGAACCAAAACCAAAAAAUAUCCUUUCAAAAAAGUUUGAUAAAUAAUAAGCGAAUUUAAAAUUACUCAGAAAUAUUAAUUUUUUAAUACAAAAAACCAAACAACUCUUUCGAGAGGAGUCACCCAAAAAUACUCCGAGCAAAAGCUAACCCAUAAAAAUAAAAAUAAAAAAAUAUUACCCAUAAAAAUAAGUCUUAAACAUUUGACUGUGAUAUUUUCUGCCCAACGCUUUUCUAUAAUAAAAUCAACUGAGCUAUUAUAUUUUAAGUAAAUAUUUAGUAAAUUUUAGUGGAAAUUUUUAAUUUAAAGUGUGAAAAACUUAAAAACAAAAAUCUAAAAUGAAAGUGCCCGCAAGAGACUCGAAAUAUUCCAUAAAUUUGAAAAUUUUUAAGCUGCACAACUACAACACUGCUCCCAAACUUACCAGCAGCGGCAGCAGCAGUAACCUUCUUGAUAAGAAAUCUCCCUCGCCCACAAGUGUCAAACCGCCUGCCAUACUAACAAAACGGAACUCUUGGCGUGCUUCAUGGAAAUUUUCAGCAGCAAGGCAACAACAAAAGCAGCAGCUAUCCGACUCUUCUGACUUCGACGUCACCAAGAACCAUUGCGAGGAAGAUAGUGCCACUUGUUUGGAUAGCAACAAUGACUCAGUAGCAACAGCUGAUAAUAGAACUCAAUAUUGGGCAGACGCUUUGGAGCGCAUCACAGCUCAAAAUGCUGAGAGCAGCAGCGGUUUGUCGCAACAGCGGGUGCCCGAUGCUGAUGAAUUUAUGUCUAUGCCUUGGUUCGGUAUGGACAUUGGUGGUACACUGACAAAGCUAGUCUACUUCGAGCCAAAGGAUAUAACGCCCGACGAACAGGAUCAAGAGGCUGAAAUUUUACGAAAUAUACGCCGUUAUCUAACCAAAAAUUCCGCUUAUGGCAAAACAGGGCACCGAGAUACCCAUCUGCAGAUGGACAAUGUUGAGAUACGCAAACGCCGUGGCUCACUGCAUUUCAUCCGCUUCCAAACCACUGACAUGAGCAAUUUCCUCCUAUUGGCCAAACAAAAGGGCAUGGCUGAAUUGGUGACUACAGUUUGUGCGACUGGUGGUGGUGCAUUCAAGUUUGAAAAUGAAUUCCGACAGCAAGUCAAUAUGAAACUCGCCAAAUUCGAUGAACUCGAUACGCUUAUCAAAGGCAUACUCUUUGCAGAGGUGCAGAAUCCCACAGAGUGCUAUUUCUAUGAGAAUGCGCGUGAUAUAAUGAAAAGCGAAAAGCGUGCUUUUGAUUUCUCCAAGCCGUAUCCAUUUAUUUUGGUGAAUGUCGGCUCUGGUGUGUCGAUACUGGCUGUCUAUGGACCAGACAACUACAAGCGUGUCUCAGGCACAAGCUUGGGUGGCGGUACAUUCCUUGGCCUCUGCUGUUUGCUAACCGGCUGCAAUUCGUUUGAAGAGGCAAUACAGCUCGCAACCAAAGGAGACAAUCGUAAAGUGGAUAAACUGGUGCGUGACAUCUAUGGCGGUGACUAUGAUCGUUUCGGCUUGACCGGCGAUUUAGUGGCAUCCAGUUUUGGACAAAUGCACAUUAAGGAUAAACGCUCGUCGGUAUCGCGGGAGGAUUUGGCCAAUGCAACCUUGGUUACAAUAACUAACAAUAUUGGCUCAAUUGCACGUAUGUGUGCCUUGAAUGAGAAAAUGGACAAGGUCGUCUUUGUCGGCAACUUCUUGCGCGUUAAUCCCAUUUCAAUGAAAUUGCUCGCCUACGCCAUGGAGUUCUGGUCAAAUGGCACGCUGAAGGCACUUUUCCUCGAACACGAGGGUUACUUUGGUGCUUUGGGUUGCCUUUUGCAGUUCAACGGUGAAAUAGCGGCCGCCUUGAAUGAAACCGCCGAAACUACACAAAAAACCGAACCAACAACCGCGUCUACUACCGCCGACAUAUUAUUAACUAAUAACUCAAAUUCCACAACUUCGCCAACUUGUAAUAGUACCAACAAUAGUGAUAGUUGAAGCACAGGGACUGUUCAUAAAAUGCACUCUUGUUAGUUCGUAGCUCAAAGAAAUUACAACAACACAGAAAUACUAUAUUACUACAAUGCGCUUGUAAAGUGAAAAAGUACUAACUAAAAAGGCACGACAAAGCAAAAGCAAAAGCAAAACAAGCAAAAUCAAAAUUAAAAUAUUUAAGUAAGUAAUACAUUUUUUAUGUGUUAUACGAAAUAAGCAAAAGUAUGUAUGUAGUUUUUACGUAUGUAUAGUUAAUUAAUAAAAAUGAAACAAAAAUAAAAAGUGAAAAAUGAAAAAUGAAAUAAGUUGGCAAAGAGCAAUCACACACACGUCCAUAAACAGAAUAUGUUGCAGUUUGUAUGUAAAUGCGGGAAGCGUAACCGAAGGCGCGAGGCGUCUAUAAUAAACAAAUUAAAUAUUCAACGAAUAUUCCUGAAAAUAAUUCGAUAUUUAAUAAAUCGAAGGUACAGUUAAAGUAAAACUCAUCGCUAUAAAAUCUAUUGUUGAUAUUGAAAACCAUUUUCUUUGGGAUAUAUCGGGGCUGCAAUUCAAGAUAAAAACCGGAGGUUAAGCUUUGCAUAUUAUUUUGUAUUAAGUUUAAUGCGUAUAAACAAUAAAGAAACUAAAAAAUUAUAGCAAAACGAAUUACAAUUAAGAAUUUAAUAUAAAGCCAAUUUAGCUUUAGCAAAUAAUAAAAACUAAGUGCGCGGCUAGAGUUAUCGAUUAAAAGGACAGUCGGUUCUACGUAACCGGAACGGCCCGGACUUAUAUCCGGCCAAGGACUGUCACUUAUGCAUUCAAAGGAGUUUAAUUGGAAGAUCAUUUAUAUUAAAAAACAACGGAUCAUUAUUAAAAUUAAAAAUUAUCAAAUUAUUAGACUAAAAGAAAACAAAAUAUUUAAUAAAAUUAAAGAAGAAAAAUGUCAAAGGGUUACGUGUACAUACACUUUACAAUUCAUUAAGCAACUUAAUAAUUUUGUUUUUUUUUUUGUGUCUUUUUUUUUACAUAUUUAUAAUGCUCACCAAAUUAAAACUAUUGCAUUAAGCGUAUAGAAAAAACACUUUAGAAAUUUGUGUGAUACAAUUAUUCUUUGUCAUAAGAUUUUAAAGAAAUUUUUUUUACACCAUUCAAAAUAUUUUGGUUGAAAGAAAAUGCAGCAAAAUAAGUAAUCGCAUACAAAUAUUUUUUUAAUCUAUUGAUUUUUAUAAAGAAAUAAUAAUUAUUUAGUGAUUUUCCUCUCCAAUGUUUUCAUUAUUUAUCGGUGUACACGUUUCGUUAUUUAUGAAUCAGCUGCUACUAUGCAGUAAAACUAGAUUUUCUUUAAAAAUCGGAAUCGAGUUAUUGUGUGUGCUUAAAAAAUUCAUAACAAAUUAUUAAAAAAACAUUUAAAUAGUUUUUAAACAAAAUUAAAAAUAGUUUUUAAAUAAAUUAAGAAAUAAUAUUUCCUACAAAUUAACUACUUAUAAAACGAUUGAAACGAAUUUUACUUUUUAGUCAGUGUAGGCGUCAAAGUUCGAGAUGAAAAUUUUAUUUAGUUUAUCGAUAAGUAUUGUUUGAAACAAACAGUUUGCAAAUUCCACGUUUUUUCGCACAAUUUCAAAGUUGGUUUGGUGUAAAAUGUUUGAUAUCAAACACAUUUUUUCUUAACAACUGUGUAAAUGUAUUUAUUAUUUAAUAUACUAUUACAAAUUUUAUUAAGACAUCAACAGUUGCAGCCCCUAAUAUUCCAGGAAACACACGAAAAAGCAAAUACUUUAAAUUGCACACCUGUUUACAUUAUAGGAGAGGUGGCUGAUAAGUCUAAAGGUACUUAAUGAUGUAUGAUUUUAUAUUUUUUAUUUUUCAAUGUAAUCCCGCUCAAGUGAAAUACACUUUUCACAAUGUCAGUAUAAUGUGACACUGAAAUAAUUGUAUUGAGAUUUCUCUUCAAAGUGGUUCUCUACGACCGUCUUCAUAUCCUUAUCGACCAAAUAUGUUCGUCUUUUUAAGUCUUUUUUGUUUUUGUGAUUUAUAUAAAAUAAAAAGUCACUGGGAGCCAAAUCCGAACUGUAGAGUGGUUGGUCGAUUUCUCUUUCGUU